UUUCUAAGGCUUAUAACAAGGUUUAAUAUUUCUUUCAACAGAGUGUUUGUUUCAUUUGCCAUUUCUUUUUCUUCCAGAGCUUCAUGUAAUGCAAGAGAUUGCUGGGAGCCAUCGGUAUUCCCGAUGCUGGGAAAUUUGCUGUUGUUUUCCACACUUUUCAUUGUCUUGAACUGUGCUGUAAGUGGUGGAGCUCAGUUGUCACCGGUUGCUUUUACCGCUCUGUUGGAUGGAAACAACCAAUACGAACAGGAUGAUACGGUCAUCUACAACGUUAUAAGAACAAACGCAGGAGACAAUUAUAACAGCUCCACAGGAAUUUUCACUGCACCGGAUGCAGGUGUUUACUUUUUCACCUGGAGUACCCUGACUUCGCCGAAUAAACGACUAAAUACAGCAAUUGUGAAAAACAUGUCAUCAGGUUACAUUGCAUACAGCUCCUGUGCUGCGUUUCCAGACACGUACACGACGUGCACUCAAUCAACAACUGUUGAAUUGGUGCCCGGAGACAGGAUAUGGAUUGUUGCGUACAAAAUGACGGUGCAAAACCUUCAUGGAGGACAGUGGCCUGCAUUUUCUGGAUUUAAGUUAUAAUUUUUU